AUGGAUAUGAAUGAGCAGGAGGCAGAACUAUCGUGCCAGCUGGAGAAUUUGACGAUAAAUUCACCAGCGAAGUUACAUUCAUGCUCGAACACGCAAAGUAACAAUGGUAAAGUAUUUAAGGAAUAUGAGAGUAACCGCGAUUUCCACGAUUCAAACUUUACUUCACAAGUGGUGGAGCCCACUAUAUCCGAGUCCGUGAAAAAACCUCCCACAAUGACUGUUUUGAAUAACUUUAGUACGGUACAUCAAAAAGUGCCUUCGGGAUUCUCUGGUACCACCGCCACAUCGCACCAAGAGGCUCAAUGGAAGCAGUAUUUCCCCGGUAUUGGAAGUGGCGGCACUACCAAUGUCGGCGAUGGCGCUGGUGCCGCGAACAAGGUUCCUGAAUCUGAUCUUAUAGUAAGCGAUUUGGUUAAGGAUCUAUCUGGCGUACUAGAAACGAAUACAUUCAAAAGACAUUUGGAUAUGAAGAAUAAAACGAUCACAACGCAGGCGCAUGAAAACCAGGAUACGAUUGAUAUCUCGCACUCUAAAGACUUCUUCAAUGGCGAGAAGUUAUCAUCGUUUUCUGAUGACAGCGAUUCUGGGCCAGCAGCUGAGGCUCAUGACGUAUUUGAUGGCAUAUUGAAAAAGCAAAAAUCGAACUAUUUUGUGGGGUCUUAUCCAAAUAAUAACAAUAAUAAUAAUGGUGAUAGUAACAACGCCAAAACGAAAGAGGCCGAAAUGGAAACUAGCAAUUCGUUUGAUUUUUCAUCUUCGUCAUCCAUGUCCUCAUCCCAGACGCAAUCAGGUAGAAGAUCAAAAGUUCCCAAGAAACCCCCAUUAAAUACAAUAUCUCCUGGCCAAUUGGGGUACCAAUUCAACCAUACACACGGUGCGUGGGAUCCACCGUUGAAUCAAGGUUUAGAUGUAUCGAGCUCCCACUCGCUAGAUAACACCUCUUCUAAUCAGUCCCAGCUGACCACAGUGGUACCGUCCGGAGAUUCUAACACGAGGGGCAAGGCGCCUUCGAUUCUAAACAAAAAAGCCUACGAAUUUGUCAAUGGCAAAUCAGUUGACGUUCGCUACCACCAAGAGCAAAUGCAAGGAGAAGAUGAGGAAAAAGAGCUGGAAAGCAAUGAUGACACCCCGUUGGACACGCCAAAGUUCAAUGCUCUCUUCACAAAGAACGGCACAGGAGCAAAAAAUAAAAUUCAAAUGCGUACGGCUCGUUCGAUAUCCAACUCCAACCUAUUAGAAACCCACAAGAGACUCAAAAAAUUGCCCGGCGAAGGGAUUGAAGAUAUCACGUCCAUCUCUGAGGUGGACACGUCAUUCAAUGAAACUGAAAAGCAACUAAUAUCAAUCUUGACUAGUAAGUUAUCUGAUAGCCCUAAUCAUGAUUCUGACUGGGAAAAGAUCCUAGAAGUUGACCUAUCCCAGAGCGACCUGAAAAAUACCUCAGGCUUGCAAAGAUUACUGCCAAAUCUAUUGGUGUUAAACCUCAAUCACAACGAACUGGACACUCUGGAGGGGAUUUCAUCGAAUGUCGUGCAACUGUUUUGUUCAAAUAACAAGAUAACAAGUGCACACUGUUCAUUAGUGGGAUUCAUGGAUCUGGAAUGUCUGGAUGUAUCGUACAACUACUUGAACACAAGCCUGAAGUUUUUGUCACUCUGUCAUCACUUACAAGAGGUAAACCUUUCCUGCAACUCCAUCCAGUCCUUAGAGGGAAUAGGUUCGUCCAGGAUCAAGAAACUAAACCUUGCUAAUAACGAAAUUCACGGGAUCAUCGAUUUUGAGCGAUUGGUUCAAACAAACAACUCCAUCGUGGGCGGUUGGUUGACCGUGGAAGUCCUGGACCUGAGCAACAAUAAUAUCAUGGGAGUCAGAAACAUCAAUUGUCUGCCCCAUUUGAAAGUUUUGAACCUGAACGGUAACCCGUUGGUUUCCAUUGUAGAAUCCGCAAAAGCUAGGAACGCAUCGUUACGAGUGCUUUCAAUUAAAAACACUGGAGGCGCGUUGUCUAAGUUACAAAACUACAAGUUGAACGAUCAGUUUGUCUUCCCCUACCAAAAUCUGAAGAUUUUAAAAGUGGAGGGUUUCGCUCAACUAAGCAAGUGGCAGAAAUGGCCCUCCUCUCUUCAAAUCCUGGAAAUAAACGGCGGAUACGCCUCUUCUUUGCCCCGUUUCCCUUCUUUAAAAUCCACUAAUCUAUACUCCCUAACAAUAGCCAACGUCAGAGAUUUCACGCACUUGCCAGUGGAUCUCUCAGGUGAGUUACCCUUUCUGCAAGAAUUGCGUUUGCCGGGCAACAACCUGCAAAACGCUCACAAGUUAACAAAAACCCUCCCACGCCGGUCAGUAAAAUUCCUCGACCUACGAAAUAACCCAAUCACGGCGCCACGCGACGACGGCAACACUACAAUCCCGUUCCAUCGCCAGCUUCUCCAGAUUGCCGGCCUCUGCCAGCAGCAAUGUCCCGUGCUGGCGACUCUCUGGUUGGAUGACACUCCUGCCCCAACCGCCAUGAACCCGUAA